AUGACCAACAACCUGAACUCAACAGACCCGUUCGGCAUCGGUCGUGGCGUCCACACGAAAACCAAUCAAAUAAUGCACGGCUCAGGGAGAAGUACAAAACCAAUCCCGACGGCCCUUGUGAAUUCCCACGCAUUGGCUCUCAGCUGGACGAAUUUCGGCACCAGCUUUGAGCUGGGCCAAGCUGCUAGGAGCAUGAUCUUGGAGAAAUCUAUUCGCAGUGGUGAGCCUCAACAAGCCGGGAAAUUUGAAUACCGCAGCACCUUGGGGAAGCCACCAAGUAAGACAGCAUGCAAGACUGGUUUCGAAGCACCACAACGCUACGUCAGAGGAGGUAGUCACUAA